AUGACGUCUACAGCCUUGCGCAGCCGCAGCCCGGUAGGAGAAGAUGGUGCUUAUCAAGGAAUAGCUCAUCCUGACGUGCUCAAUGGGAUUGAGAUCCGGGCUCUUCACUGGCCAUGACAGAACACUGACAUUCCUGUCUUGCAGAAAAUCACAUACAGAACGAGCAGUAUGGCUGGUGGCAUUGUCAUGCUGAAGGAUCAUGUCAAGAUGAGCCUGCAGGAAGGAUGCCACAUGAGGGAGGAGGAUGUCUUCCCUUACCAAGUUGGUCAGCUGUUCACCGUAGCUGAGGCCAGUAAGAAUGAGACGGGGGGAGGAGAAGGCAUUGAGGUGCUGAUAAAUGAACCCUAUGAGGAAGAGGGAGAGAAGGGACAGUACACACAUAAAGUUUACCAUCUGAAGAGUAAAGUCCCAGGCUGGUUGAGGUAUAUUGCACCAGAGGGAGCAUUAGUUUUCCAUGAAAAAGCCUGGAAUGCCUACCCAUACUGUCGCACCGUUAUAACGGUGAGUUGUGAGUGAACUGACACAAACACAUGCACACUGGGGCCUUGCGGUUAAGAGCGUUGGGCCAGUAACGGAAAGGUCGCUGGUUCGAAUCCCUGAGCCGGCAAGGUGGGAAAGUCUGCUCUUCUGCCCUUGAGCAAGGCAGUUAAUCCCCAAAAACUGCUAUACGGGCGCCGAUGACGUUGAUUAAAGCAGCCCCCCCUCACCUCUCUGAUUGAGGGGUUGAGUUAAAUGCGGAAGACACAUUUUGGUUGAAAUGCGUUCUUGUGCAACUGACUAGGUAUCUCCCUUUCUCAUAUUCCCCCAUCUAUUGUCUGUGUGGGCUAGGUUUGUUGUGUGAAUGUAUUUGAGACACUCGAUCCCAUUAGUGACUUAUGGCGUGGUGGCGUUGUGUAGCUAGCUAUGUUGCUAAUGCUAUCACACCACAGGCAGAGUGAAGUAGUGCACUAACCAGCCAUGCCGUUUCAGCCUGUUGAGGGAAAACUUGUUUGAGGAAUUAGGCAGAAGUCAUCUAUCAGCAAUAAGAGGUUUAUUCAAGCAAUUGCAAGGAAGAUCACUCUCAGGAUGAACCCGGAGAGUAACCUUCAGGACAUACUGGAAAAGGAAUUCUCAGCAUAUACCACAGCGGAUCGCAAAGAUGUUUUACAAUCAGUCUUUAUAUAAGUAAUUUACACAAUGAACUGCUUACCCCUCCAAGGGGGAGGCGAGCUUACAAAAGAGAUAAGGGGUAAUUGGUUCCA